AUGGACCUGCGAGAAACGGUUUCGCUGCCCCUGCCUCCGUCGCUCCGCUCGCGCCUCCUCGCCGCCGGCUUUCUCACAGUCGCUGACUUCCACACGCUCAAACCGGAGGACCUCGCGCGCGAUGCGUCUCUCUCUCUCGAGGACGCCAGGCAUGUGCUGGGCGUGGCAGCGGGCAGCAUUCAGACGAGCAUCAUUCCCACAGCUGCUGGCAUUGCAGGAGCUCGAUCCGCGUGGGAGUUGCUAGAGGCGGAGAGGGGCAGGGGGAGGGUGCAGACCAUGUGUGCUGAGCUGGAUGCGAUGCUGGGAGGGGGAGUGGCUCUGCAGGAACUCACCGAGAUAUGUGGGCCGCCAGGAGUUGGCAAGACACAGCUGGGCAUGCAGCUGGCUAUCAACGUGCAGACGCCUGCUGUGCUGGGAGGGGUGGAGGGCGAAGCAGUCUACAUUGACACAGAAGGGAGCUUCAUGGUGGAACGGGCAGCAGAGAUGGCCGAUGCAUGGGUGGCUCACUGCAACGCUGCUGCCGCUGCCAUAGAUGCACCUGCCCGAGAUACCACCGCCCCCGCAGCAGCGCUGGUAGGGGUGCAUUACCUGCGGGUGUAUGACCACACUGAGCAGUCUGCUCUCGUGCACUCACUGCCUCAUCUUCUGGCUUUGUACCCCAAGGUGUGUGCUAUGCUGCCACUUGUGUGCAUGGGUGGCAUCGGCAGCAGCAGCGCUGGCAGGGGUGCAUUACCUGCGAGUGCUGCCACUUGUGUGCAUGGUGGCAUGGGUAUCAUCACCAGCACUGGCAGGAGUGCAUGGGUGGCAUUGGCAGCAGCAGCGCUGGCAGGGGUGCAUUACCUGCGAGUGUAUGAUCACACGGAGCAGACUGCCCUCGUGCACUCCCUGCCACACCUACUUGCUCUGCACCCCAAGGUACGUAGUGGUUGGGCAUGCAUGGGUGGCACUGGCAGCAGCAGCGCUGGCAGGGGUGUAUUACUUGCGAGUGUACGAUCACACGGAGCAGACUGCUCUCGUGCACUCACUGCCUCACCUGCUCGCUCUCCACCCCAAGGUGCGUGGUGGUUUGGCUGGCAGUCUUGUGGAUGGCGUGUCAUGCGUAUCAGCAGCAGCAGUAUGCGUGAGUGGCACUGGCAGCAGCAGCUGGCAGGGGUGCAUUACUUGCGCGUGUACGAUCACACGGAGCAGACUGCUCUCGUGCACUCCUUGCCGCACCUGCUCGCCCUGCACCCCAAGGUCAAGGUGGUGGUGAUCGACUGUGCCACCUUCCGCUUCACCCACAAGGGUCUGCGCUCACCUGUUUUCCUUUCCCCUGUUGCCCUUCCUUUUCCUGGCUUCACUUGCAUGGGCCUGCUCCGUCUCUCCCUUGCAUCACACCUUACUGCUCCAGGUCAAGCUAGAGGUGAUCGGCAGCGUUACCUUUCAUUUCCGCCACGGCUUCACAGACAUGGGUCUGCUCUGCGCUCACCUGCUUUUUAUUUUCCUCCUUCUCUUCCUUGCCCUUCCACAUCAACCAUGCCCCAGGUCAAGCUAGUGGUUAUCGACAGUGUCACCUUCCACUUCCGCCACGGCUUCACAGACAUGGGUCUGCGCUCGCGCCUGCUGGCAUCCAUGGCGAGAGAGCUUCUUGCGAUCGCUGACGAGCACAAUGUUGCUGUGAGCCCUCAUUUGUUAUGCGUGUGCCAGAUGCAUGGCAAUGGUGUGUGUGUGUGUGAGCUGCACUGA